AUGAUAACUACGCCUAAUUGCAUUGAAUCUAAAAUUUAUGAAGCAUAAAAUAGCACUCAAACACUAAAAUCAGAACAAGAGGAAUUCAAAUAAAUUUUACUAAAAUUAUGGAUUUAGACAUCAAAAUCCUUUAAUGAAGACUUUGAAGAAAUCUUGUAACUUGCUAUCAAUUCAGAUAUCAAAGAUGUCGUGAAUUCUAUACUUAUUAUUGAAGAGGCAAGACUAGAGCAAAUUAUAACCGAUAGGUAAUAGAUUUAAAUUCUUAAAGAUGAAAUCCAAGCCUUGUAAUAAUAGAAUAGUCUUAAUUCUGUAAAUAAUGAACUAAGAGAGGCUCAACAAUAAUACAGACAAUUGAGUGAGUUAGUAAUUCAAUUAAAAUAAUCAAAUGAAGAGAAAGAGCAUUAAAUUUUGGAAUAAACUAAACUUAACUAAUAACUAUAGAUUGAACUCAAUUUAUUUACAUCUUAAAUAACUAACUUAUCAUUAGCUUUGGUUUAGUCUAAAGAAGAAAAAAUAUAAUAUAUGGUAUAAUCCUAAAAAGAAAUUAAAAAAUUAAUGGUGAAAGAUCUACAACAAAGCAAAAUGAUCUAAGCUCUUUAGAUCCAAAUAAUUGAAUUGGAAACUUUGGUAAAAUAGACAAGUCAACGAAACUCAGUUGAAUCUUCAAAUCAUUAGAUCUCCCAAACUUAACGGGAAGAAGAUCAAACCAGACUACUAAGUUGUUCACCAAGAACAACUCAUAUUGAUUUUUCGAAAAUUGUUUUAUAAAGUCUCCAAAACAAAAAAACUGAAAUGGUCUCAGGGUAAUCGCUUUCCUAAAUUCCAUACAGAUUUGGAAAAUGA